UCCGUACUCUGUGGACUUUGUUCAGAGCUGCACGUUUGACUUGGCUUGUCAUUCACGCUGCAGUAGUUGUAUUAUGACACUCACAAUGAACAAAUUAAUUCGUUUACGAAGCGUCUUGCGGAAAUCCUUAUUUCACACGGAGCACUUUUUCUCUUUGAAAAACCAACUUCCGCCCAGUGCAUCAAUCUCCACUGGACCGCAGCAGCAGCACAGGACCUUCUACGAGUUCCGCACCUAUUCAAUCCAGCCCCAUCUCAACACUGCCUUCCUCAAACUGACCAAUGAGAAGAUCCACCUGCGGACGGCCCACUCUGAACUCAUUGGCUACUGGUCUGUGGAAUAUGGUGGUCUCAAUCAAGUUUUCCACAUCUGGAAGUAUGACAGUUACGCUCAGCGGGCAUCUGUGCGGGCAUCUCUGUCUCAGGACCCCGGCUGGAUUGAGCAGUACAUCUCUAAAGCAAUGCCAAUGCUGAGGUCUCAGGAUAAUGAAGUCACAUACCUCGUACCCUGGAGCACAAUUCAGAAGCCACCUAAAGAGGGAGGAGUGUAUGAGCUGGCCACCUUCCAGAUGAAGCCGGGCGGCCCGGCGGUUUGGAGCGCGGCAUUUCAGGCUGCAGUGGGGACCCACACUGGAUCAGGGUACAGUCACUCAGUGGGGGUUUUUCACUCUGAAUUUGGACAGCUCAAUCAAGUGCAUGUUUUAUGGUGGUAUGAGAGUGCAGACCAGCGAGCAGAGACUCGGCAUAAAUCUCAUGGAGACGCCAGAGUGGUAGCAGCAGUAAGGGAGAGUGCUGCAUACCUGGUGUCACAGAAGAAUAAACUCAUGUUCCCCUGUGCUUUUUCACCCAUCAAAUAGCUUCCUAGUGGACAGUCCAAAACAGAAAUGGACUGAAUUUUCAUUUAUGCAGUAAAAGAGAUCAAACACUGAACUUUGUCUGAACAGAUAGACAGAAAUGAUAGCUGCUUUUGGGAGAUGAAUAUGUUAGUAACUGAACAAAAUAUUCAGUUUAUAGUCAGUUAAGCAGUGACACUUUGCUUCCUGUGAACUUAAGAGUCCUUUUAAGUAUUACUUCUUUUUUUUUAUCAUUUAUUCAUGAUGUUUUGUAGAUUUUAUUCACUUAUUAAGUGUUGAGGAUAAUUCGCUCGCCUGAAGGUGAAUUAAUAAAAUAUCAAAUCAAGUCUUCUUUUCCUUUAAGGGACUUCCAGACAUUCCAGAAACUAUUCCAUCAAUGUUAUGUGUAACAUGUCAUGUCAUCCCUUCUAUACAAAACAAUUCUUACAUGCCAAUAAAAUCAACU